UUACUCUUUGUAAAACUUUGUUGUUGUUGAAGAUCUACUGAUGAUUACGAUUUAAUUAAUCUAAAUUAUUUAUUUUAACGUGACUACAAGUGAACCAAAAAUCUAAUUAGUUUUAUUUAUAUCAAUGAAAAGAACUCGAAACGAUGCAGUCAAAGCUGCCGUUACUUCCUACUUAGAAAGGAGAAAUUACCCAGAUAUUGAUUUUUUUAAUAACACUACUACAAGUCGUAGUGCUGAAGAAAUGGCUGUUGCGACCAUUGUACAGUACGAGUCCAGUCGUGCUAAUUCCAUAUUGUUUUCGUGUAUCAACAACGAUCCAGGACAUUAUGAUGUUCAAUAUACAAGGCUUGUAAGUUUUAUAAAGGAAAUUAAAUUAGAGAAGGUUAAGAGUGAAUUGCUAGGGUUACUGACCCCAUUACUAUGUCACAUGUACCUUGAGAUGUUACGAGGAGGACAUGGUGGGGCUGCACAAAUGUUUCUUAAAAGGCAUUCUGCAACACUGCCCCAGAAGGAUUUGUCCUAUCAUCAACCUAUCGAUGGCAACCUACCAUCAGCUUUAUAUCGACCUAACAGCUUGGAGCAAUUGUUUAACUCAUUACAAAAUGGCACAAUAGACAAUGAAACACCUGAAAAAGAUUAUAUGAAUCAGCUACUGGAUGAUAUUGGCUCAGUUUAUACUUUACAAGAAGUGGAAUCCAGGCCAUCUAUUGCAGCUUUCAGGUCCUGCAAGUAUGAUAUCUAUUUAUCACAAGAUGCUCUGAAUAUGCUGAAAGCAUAUUUGGCUAAACACAGUCAUGUCUUGCUCAUCCAAGUCUUGCAGACAUGGUUCCAUAUUGACAUCAACAGUGAUAGUAAGAAAAAUUCAGAAGAUGAUGAAGAACAUAUUGAAGACGAAAUGCAUGCCAAUUCAAAUAACUGUGAGGAUAAAUUAAAUGACAAGCAUGAUAUUUUUUCAAAGUGCAAUGGCCAUGCAGAAUAUCAGUCAGUUGACAAAGAGCUAAGGGAACUCCAAGAUGCUAUCAAGGGAGUGAAAGAAUCAGUAUCACCACUCAAGUUGUAUAAAAUAGCAGCACCUGAUAGUCAUCUAGUAUGUGCCAAAACGGAUUUAUACUGCAAUGUUCUGUGCGGAGGAUUCGAUAAUUCUGAAAUAAGACUCUGGGACAUUGGACAGAGCUAUGUGAAGAGGAAAGUCAAUAGAAACAUUUCGGAAAUAGAGCUGGCCUGCUGCAUACCACCUGAGCCAGAAACUCCAUUGGAAAAUGUUUUUCAAGUGGGAUCAGGUUUAGCCCUGCGGGGUCACUCGGGCCCCGUGCAGGCCGUCAGUAUCCUGUCGCGUGAGGAGUUAGUGUUGUCUGCGUCACAUGAUAGCACGAUGCGAGCGUGGAGGCUAGCCGACUAUUCCUGCGCCUCAAUAUACAGGGGUCACAACUACCCAAUCUGGUGCAUGGAUGUAUCAAAGAAUGGUUUGUUCGUAGUAACGGGAUCACACGACAGAACAGCGAAGCUGUGGUCAUUAGACAGAACAUUUCCAGUGCGAGUUUUCGUUGGGCAUACAUCUGAUGUUAUUUGUGUGAAGUUCCACCCCAACGAGGCGUAUCUGGCGACGGGCGGCGCAGACCGCAGCGUGCGGCUGUGGAGCGUGUGCGACGCGCGCCUCGUGCGCGUGCUGUGCGGCCACCGCGCACCCGUGCGCGCGCUCGCCUUCUCGCCGCACGGCACGCAUCUGGCCAGCGCGGGUGACGAUAAAAAGAUAAAAGUGUGGGAUUUAGCAGCGUGUACUUGCGUACACGAGUACAGAGGCCACCACGGGAAAGUUACUGCUCUGGAUUGGUCGGCUGUGGGAAAGCCGAGUUUGACGAACAGAGUCUCCUCUGAUCCUACUGAUACGAAUUCUGACAACUCAAUAUUAUGUUCUGCAGGAAUGGAUGGCAUUGUUAAAGCUGUAUGGGAUAGUUACAUUAAAAAUAAGCAAGUGUCAAGCCAGGAUAUUUCAACCUCUAUUUACAAUACAAAAUGUUCAUAUUUAGUGGAUGUGCAAGUACACCCAGAUUGGUUGGUGGCAAUUGGAACUAAGCGAUAACUGAAUGAAAUAAACUUUUUGAUGACAA